CUAGACCUGCCCGUACUCGAUCGAUGACGGGAAGUAAGGGCGCUUCAUCUGGAGCGAGGAUAGUCGGGAAUCUCAAAUAUACAGGAUUGAGUCCACUUUCCCGGUAUGGGGGACAUGAAAACCCCCGAUUUCGAUGACCUGUUGGCAGCGUUUGAUAUUCCUGACAUUGAUGCCAAGGAGGCUAUCCAGUCGGCCCCAGAUGAGGUCGAGGGACAUCAGGGAGCAGGCGGAGGGUCACUUAUAAAGUCUGGUGAUGGUUCAGGUGGUGGAAACUCUGCCCUUAGAUCUCCAAGCCCCUCCACGGAUUCUCAGGGCGAUCCUUCGAUUGUUAGCGUGAUUGUGAAGAACCGGGUUCGUCCCGAGCCUUUCGAUGGUGGUGACGGCACGGUACCUGAACCGCUCAACCAUAAUGGAUUUGUGUCAUCAGGUGGGUCUGUACAUAUGUCUCAGGGCCGUUGCCAGCCUAAUGGGGAGCAGUGGCCCAUAUGCAGCUCAAAGAUGGUUCCAGAGCCCACAGGGCCUGUCCAUGGAUCAUCUAGCACCUCUAAACAGGGCAGCAACAUUUUUAAUAAGCUUAAGCCAUUGAUGGCACAAGGAGCUGGAGAUUCGGUUGGAAGGGCUCGAAAAAUGCAACUUUUACAACAGCAACAUAUGCAGCAGGAGAUUAACCUAGAAGCUGCAGAUAAGGCAAAAGCCCCUGCUGUUCCUAGUGGAGCAGCAUCUCCGUUCUUUCCUCCACCUAAACCACUUCUUUCUACUCCCUCCACAGCUUCAUCAUCCUCACCAUCAUCGUCGUCUCCUUCGGUCGGUUCUCGUGUUUCUGGGGCUGUUGCUUCUUCACCACUAGCUACUUCUCUACCGGAACCGUUUAACGGUACGCCACGUCUUGGUUCAUCUGCUUACAGACGUGUAGAUUCAGAUGAUGAGGAUUCAGAUCCUGAUUCAGGAGGAUCUCUGGUCAUCCACGAAAGUCCAGACUCUCCCACCCCUCCAAAACUGUCACGCCGGUUGAGGUCUCCACCUGAAAGUUCACAAUCUCCAUCUCUGCCCUCCUCAACGUCCAUAUCCUCCAGUGCUUUCCCCAAACCAGGUGACAUCCCCCUAGCGUCACCUGCCUCACCCCGGGCUCAACAGAACUGGCUUUCUGCAGGACCUGGAAAGAGUUUACCCCAGGAGGAACGCAAUCCAGAGCAUGUCAUCGAAGAACGAGACUCACCGGAAAGCCCCGAGCCAGAGAUUCCCAAGUCCUCUAUGCCAACGUCAGCUGUUACUAAAAGAUCUAGCAGCCCAGCGGUAGCUUCAUCACCAUCUGUUGAUCUUCGAGAACCCAAGGAUGAAGAAGAAGAGAUGGAAGUGUCAACAGAAAAUGGACAGGAUAUGAAUAAAAUAGAUGGUAAGGACAAUGGGAAAAGGGAUGGAGAGAAAAUGGAGGUAGACAACAUUGCACAGUCUCUUCCAGAAAACACCGGCUCAUCGGCCAGCAGCGCAGGCGGUAAAGCCGCAACUGGUGGUAAUGCCCCCUCCAGGCCUCUUAAAGUCCGUAUUAAGACCAUCAAAACAUCAACAGGAGGCAUCACACGAACAGUUACCAGAGUAGCAGGCAAGGGAGGUAACGCCAAUACAGGAAAAGGCACAGACGCAUUAAAAUCCCAGACAGGCCGAGCAGUCCCCGCCAAAGGAGCCAGAAAAAACGAUGCCAUUGCCGGUCAAGUGGUAAAAACUAUACCGGUUUCCACAUUAGAAGCCAGCAGUGCCAUGUUAGCUGCAGCUAGCAAAGUUCAAAACAAAAUGGCAGCGCAAUCCGAUAAAACAAAAGUCUCCGCCACAGCAGUCAGCAUCACAAAAGCCACCACUCUCCCGGUCACGCCUGCUGUUGGCGGAAUAAGCGUGCGCCCCGCGGUCGCUAAAACUGCUAAUGGGGGUACCGCUAAUGUUCACGUACCGUGUAAACCAGCCUCUAUUGUCAACAGCACCGGUGCUGUUAUCUCCCGUAGCCAGUCGAGUCUCGUUGAAGCCUUCAACAAGAUCCUUAAUAGCAAGAACUUGCUUCCCAGCUACCGCCCGGACCUUUCCACCCCACCGCCUUCUGAGUGGGGUCUCCCUAUGCCUGCUGCUGGCUACAGGUGCCUGGAAUGUGGCGAUUCCUUCGCUCUGGAGCGAAGCUUGGCACGACACUAUGACCGUCGCUCUUUGAGAAUAGAAGUCACGUGCAAUCACUGCGCAAAACGCCUGGCGUUCUUCAAUAAAUGCAGUCUGCUGCUACACGCUCGGGAACACAAGGAAAGGGGUCUGGUCAUGCAAUGCUCACAUCUGGUGAUGAGACCGGUUACAGUGGAACAGAUGAUCGGCCAACAAGACACUACUCCUAUUGGUGUGCUCUCUCCCUCGCUCUCUUCUCCACCUCAGCCGUCCUCGAACGCUCCAACAGGAACAACCACUGUACCGUCCACUUCCAGUCCACUGAAAGACUCCCCCUCUCCCGGCACGACUUCGUCCCAGCCCACUCCUGCUCGCCGUGGGCCCCAGAGUCCCCAGGCCCUAAUGCCUCUACCCUGCAAGAAAGGCGAGGCCCUGCAGUAUAACAACUUCAAAUGUCCCGAAUGCCAAGCUCAGUUUUCAAGCAAGGCUGAAUUAGUGACUCAUUUUCAACAAAUCAGAGCUACUCCUAACUCGACCUGUAUGCUUUGCUCUCCGCCUAUGAUGCUGCCUAACUGGUGCAGCGUGUCGGCCCAUCAGCGCGUCCAUAAGCAUCGCGCUCCUCACGUGUGUCCGGAGUGUGGUGGUACUGCCCGCCAGGCCACCUUUCAAACCCAUUUGGAAGAAUCCUGUCUGCACUUUGCAAGGCGCAUCGGUUACAGGUGUUCCAGUUGUCAGGUUGUGUUUGGAGGUCUGAAUUCUAUCAAGUCCCACAUUCAGACUGCACAUUGUGAGGUCUUCCACAAGUGUCCCAAUUGCCCGAUGGCCUUCAAAUCUGCCCAGAGCGCCCAGGGGCACAUCACUUCCCAGCAUCCCACCCUAACAGCCGCACAGGCCAAGAUGAUCUACAAAUGUGUCAUGUGUGACACUGUGUUUACCCAGAAGCCUCUGUUGUAUAUGCAUUUUGACACUCACCUUGCAAAACAAAAGGUGCAUGUGUUCAAAUGUCCAGACUGCACCAAACUCUAUGCCCAGAAAGGCUCCAUGAUGGAACACAUCAAGACUGUUCACAGAGGCCUGUUAGCCAAAGCUGAUACUCCACCCACCACCACAUCUCCUGCCUCCGCCCCUGUUAGCAACUCCACCUCGAAACCCAAAUCAACAGAAAACACUUCUGAUGAAUUGAGCCAGGGACAGGGAGAGGAGGAAGAGGAAGGUGAGGAGGAGGAGGGGGAAAGAGAACAGGAAGGCGAAGAAAGGGAAGAGGAAGACGAGGAGGAGGAGAAUGACGAAGAAGAGCAACCCAGUUCUCCAGAGAGUGGGAGUUUGGAGUGGAGGUGCAGGGAGUGUAAGAAACGCUAUGCAGACAGAGAAGAUUACAUUAAUCACAUGAAGGAAGAACAUGAUAAGGUAAUAAAGAACUUCCCAUGCAAAUUGUGUGAACGUUCAUUCACUACAGCUAACAGUUUGCGUCGGCAUGUCCGCGUAAUACACGAAGGUGUGAAGAGAGUCUUCAACUGCCCGCACUGCUCAGAGGGCAAGCGAACAUUUAGCAGUCGGCUAAUUUUGGAGAAGCACUUGCGGGUCAGACACGGCGUCAAAACUCGACAGUCGACAGACCGACAGAGUGCUCCAAACACCAGGAAGCGUUCAGCUCCGAGUGAGGGGGCGGGCAGUUCUUCCGAGCUCGACAAUGAGGGCGGGGCACCACCAGGAGGAGGAGGAGGGGCCGACACCGAUAACGUUGCGGGAGAUGAUUCUUCCGGUCCGGCGAAAAGAACUAGAGCAUCUGAGAAUCGACCUGUCGAGCAGCAGGAAGAGGAUGACGGCACGUACCGCUGCACACCCUGCGGCUACACCACCCAGGACUGGGAUGAAUUUCAGCACCACAUUCCCAUCCACUGCGACGCAGAGAAUGCACCUCAGCAGUGCUUGCAGUGCGGAGCUUGCUUCGCCUCGGCCGGCUCCCUCAGCCGUCACAAAUUCAUCACGCAUCGUUUACGCCAAGGUCAGCGUGGUGAAAACGCUUCGCCCAGUGGGAUGCCGCAGGAUGGCUCGCCCUCUUCGCCUAAAGCGGGCGAGGAGGGGGAGGGAGGGGCCAGCUGCAGAGUGUGCGGUAGACGUUUCGAUAAGGCAUCGGACCUGAACACGCACUUCCGCACGCACGGUAUGGCUUUCAUUGCGGCACACAGGACCGAUAAACCCUAGUGCAAAAGCGAAAACUUAUGAACAGGACGAGGCUUUGUGCAGAUCAUCCAAUGAGAGGAUUCAUAAAAAUUUGAUUGUAAUGUAAAAAUAGAUUCUCAUCUGACCUGUCUUCCAAAUUACAAAUUAAUUCUCCAGUCACGUCCUCUGUUCCUACUUUCUCCAGCCUUUGUCAAUGAAUUUACAUAAGGUCAAAUUGCAUCUCGCACAGGGUUCGUACCGGUGAGCUCGAAUCCACGGAGCAUUAAUGCAAAAAAGGUGCUAGUGAAGGUUUUUUUUUAAGGAAACAAAAAAGGAAAACACUGACUUUUAAAUGUAACUAUUGUACAGACAUUGUAGUACUGAUAUUUAUUUAUACCAAACAUUCAUGUCUUUUGAUAAUCAUUGAGAAUAAUAAAGCAAGUGGUUGGGAACCUAUACGUUAUACAACAGAUGUAUAUGAGGUCAAAGAUUAUUGAUGGAUUGUUUUGAAAAGGGUCAAUAUAAGGAUGCAUUUCAAUCACAGAUACACCUGCUCACAUUUUUAUGUGUAUAAUAGCAGUGCAUCCAUGAUAUGUUGCAUUAAAAAUGUGAAUAAGUCUUUGUAUUUGCAUUUUUCCUUGUCUACAUUGAAAUACUGAUAGUAGUGAAAGUUUUUGUUUUCGGACAAGGAGCCUGAUGUAUUUUUACGACUUGGGAAUUAAAGUAGACGUCGAGUGUGAAGGAUUGCUUGUGCGGUUUACGAAUUAUGUACAAAUAUGAAUGUCGUUUGUGUUGUUUUUCUUUGAUAAAGAGUCUUUUCUAUAAAAACGAACUGUGCUUGUUGAAAACCAUUUCUUAAAAAUAUUGUGAUCAUGUGGAUCAAACGUGUGAGUGUGAAUUUAUAUCCCUCCAGUAAUAUAUGUAUAUGUUCCAUACAUAGUCACUAGACGGCCAUCUGCUAUUCUGUGAUGAACUGCCUGUUUCACUGCCGUACGUUCUGUGUCUUUUCUCUUGCCCUUCUUUCUAAAUAAAUAAAACAGUUAAUUGGUACGGUACAGAAAA